AGCUGAUCCUUCUGGCUGACUGUUGUUGAUGCCUCAAGUAGCUGUUGUUCGGAUGCCGUGUUGCUCUUCUCUGUCUGCGGACACUGAAGAAAGUGAACGGGACACACGGAGGACAUUCACCCGCGGUACGAGUUUGCUAAUAGUGCGGGAGGCGUCUCGUCGCGUGAGGACUUUGAAUUUGCGCACUUAGCAGAAGAGCUAGCUCCAGAGCUUCGGUGGAAGGAGGAGAGAAAAACAGCAGAGGCAGUAGCUCUCUUUGUCUAUGUCGUGCCAGUCUGAACAGCAAAAUCCAUUCUUAUGUGUCUUGACGUUAUUUUAUUUACGCCAAGGCGUUAUUUAUAUGUAAGCUUAAACAAGGGGGAACGUGAAAAGGAGGGACAGCUAGCUCGUCAGCUAACAUUAGCCCACUAGCGCAAAGAAAUAGACUUGUUGUCAAGCUUUGGUGCUUUCGUAACCGACCGACAGUGACAGAUAAGGACAGCUAAGUGUGAUAAUACUGGUGUUUGCAGAAAGUAUAUUCGUGCCUGUGUAAUUUUAGCUUUGGUUAUCACUGGAUCAGGUGCUCUGACAGUCACGGGACACCAAACAAACUGAUGCUCACUUUUUAAAACGGACGUCUGUGAGUCAUGUUUGAGCCAUCCUUUUGUUUUUGCCUUGGUUAGUGUGUUCUGUAUCGAUUAUUAAACACCACAAACACACAGCAGCAGGUUCACUGCCAGCUGUCCCUUUUCAGUGUUCAAGUUUGCUGACAGGUUGCGUAAUUUGUUUGUGUGCAAGCUGUGAACUCUUACUGGGAAACGUGUUAAUUAUCUGUUAUUUAAACCUGAUGCUUAGGUGGCAUUGUGGACAUCAUUAAAAAAAACAUUUCACACAUUUUAUCAUUGUUAUUUCGUAUCAUUUAUAACGUAUGACGUGAUACAGUGAUUACUUCUUACUGUAAAGCAAAGGUUGAGUGGCUGCUUGAUUCUCACUUUCAUGAAUAAAGCUUUUAUUUGGAAAAAUAAGUAGGUAGAUAUGUGUUAAAAUAGCCUGCUUAAAAUAUUGUGAGACAACACUGUGAUUAGGGACAGACAGGUGGAGAGAAAGGGUCCCUCAGAGGGUCCCACUGUGUCUUGGUGAGGUGAACUGCCCCCCCUCAACUACACGCCAAUGCUGGAUCUUGAGGUGGUGCCUGAGAGAUCACUAGGAAAUGAGCAAUGGGAAUUCGCCUUAGGGAUGCCAUUGGCCCAGGCCAUCUCUAUCCUACAGAAACACUGCCGCAUCAUUAAAAAUGUCCAGGUGCUUUACAGUGAGCAGACACCACUCAGCCAUGACCUUAUACUGAACUUGACUCAGGAUGGGAUUAAACUGCUGUUUGAUGCCACAAAUCAGAGACUGAAGGUGAUUGAAGUGUAUGACCUGAGCAAAGUCAAGUUGAAAUACUGUGGAGUCCAUUUCAACUCUCAGGCCAUUGCCCCCACAAUAGAACAAAUAGACCAGUCGUUUGGAGCUACGCACCCUGGAGUUUACAAUGCUGCAGAGCAGUUGUUCCAUCUCAACUUUCGAGGACUGUCCUUUUCCUUCCAGUUGGACUCCUGGAAUGAAGCUCCAAAGUAUGAGCCUAACUUUGCCCUGGGUUUGGCCUCCCUGCAGAUUCCACACGGGGCUAUGGUCAAGAGGAUGCACAUCUACACUGGCAACAAUCUGCAGGAAACAAAAGCUCCAGCUAUGCCGUUGGCUUGUUUCCUUGGUAACAUCUUUGCAGAGUGUGUGGAUGUCCUCAGAGAUCGGGCAGGGCCUCUGGGGCUCAAACUCCGCCUUCUCACUGCAGCUUGUGGUCCAGGUGUCAUGGCCGAUGCAAAAGUGAGGUUCCUGGAGAGGAAUAUCUACUUUGGAGAUUCCUGUCAGGAUGUACUCGGUGCUCUGGGCUCACCACAUAAAGUCUUCUAUAAGUCUGAGGACAAGAUGAAGAUCCACUCUCCAUCGCCUCACAAGCAGGUUCCUUCUAAAUGUAACGACUACUUUUUCAACUACUUCACCCUCGGAGUGGAUAUCCUGUUUGACUCGACGUCUCACCUGGUUAAGAAGUUUGUCCUACAUACCAACUAUCCUGGACAUUACAACUUUAAUAUAUAUCAUCGAUGUGACUUUAAGAUUCCAUUGGUCAUCAAAAAAGAAGGAACUCAUUCUCAGACAGAGGACUGCAUUUUAACCACCUACAACAAGUGGGACCAGAUUCAGGAACUGCUCGGUCACCCGAUGGAGAAACCCGUAGUGUUGCACAGGUCGUCUUCAGCCAAUAACACCAACCCAUUUGGCUCUACCUUCUGUUUCGGACUGCAGCGGAUGAUCUUUGAGGUGAUGCAGAAUAACCACAUAGCAUCGGUGACGCUGUACGGUGCUCCACGAACCACCAGUCAAGCCCGACCCGGGUCCAGCAGUAGUUUCCACUGAGCAAGUAACCAGAACCACAUCCCAUUCUGGACUGUCCUGAAAUCUAGUACCUUUUACUGACUGAACCUCUAACCCAGAGCCAGAUUCUUUACCAAGCAGACGUAACCCAGGACAACAAAGCUAUCCUUACCCGGCUCUGAUGCUAAACAUUGAGCACAAAACGCGACUAAAUCCCCCAAAACAACCCAGAAACACCCAAACCAGACCAGUUAGAGUGUCUACUAGAUUUCUUCCAACCAGACACACCCAGUCUGUGUCCCUGUUGACAUUGUCGCUCUGUAAGACUAUUCAUGCUUUGCAAAGAAAAGGUUGUGUAGUCAUGUCACUCACUGUGGUGCUGCGAACUGACGUGGUGAAGUAAUCUCUUUCCAGUCAUGUGACUGUAUGUGCCCAGUACGACAGCAGACGCCACGUUUCCACCAGUGAAACGACCUGGCAGCAUCAGUGAGACCGUAACAUUGUGGUAGCAGGACAGAUAAUCUCUAAAAUCUAAAUUUAACAUCAAAGAUGGGAGUCGUGACGUCAAAAUGGCUACCGCUUUUUUAAAAAAACGGCUGCAGCCGAAGUCUUGGAACAAACUCUGGCUCGACCCGCUGAUGAUUCAUCAAACCGUCCACACUGCCCGGCCCAAACGGAACCGCCUGUUUUCCUGUCACUGCUUCAGAACAAGACCCGACAGGCUCAGUCAAAACCGGGACACUUCCAGACCCACAAGAACCAAACCAGCCCGACCAAGAGACGUCUGAGCCAAACACACACACACAAACACACAGAGCUGCAAAAGGAGCUGCAACUAAAAACAGGAAAACACAGGAAUCCAAGAUUUUGUGGUUCAAGUGAAGAACCGGACACAAAGACGUGGCCCAGGUGAUAACCCGCUCUGUGGACGAGCCGGUCAAACCAGAUCGGAAGCAGAAUGGAGGCAAAGUGAGGCAGAAUGAUCCAAACUGCUGUCAUCACCUCCCUGAUUAUUGUCUCCCUCUUCAUCUUCAUCCUUCAUCUCUGUUCAGUGGUGCCCUCGAACACACACACAUACAGGAGUAUCUGCAUGUGUAGGCUGUCGAUUGACAUUUUAAGACAAAGCACACACAUACACACUCAUGUGGCAUUUUAAUUCCUUCACUGCUAUGUCCUUGUAUGUCUAAUAUACACAAGCUGUCUCAUCUGUUUUUAGAUAAAUUUUUUUUUUGCAGUGCUACACAAACGUGGAAACAUGCAGGCAUGACACACGAAAUUUGCAUGGCAGAUGUUUGGUUGUUUUUUUUUUUUGUUUUUUUUUUAAUGAGAAGAGACUUUUUAAAAGCACAAACUUGGCACGCUGGUGUUUCUUUGACUGCAUGUUGUGAGGGGCACAAACUUGUCUCUGCGUCUGUCUCUGCUCGUGUUCUCCGGUUCAGUUCAUGACCUGUUUUCAUUGUGCUCCGUGUGUUUAUUAAAAAUCCAUUUUUACAUUUGAACUAACGCACACCUUUUGACAUGACUGGUUGAUUGUACCCUGUCCUGUGAGAUGACGUUUGACGGGGCUGGGCGCCGGUGUGUCCACAAAAUUCAUCCUAAAUGAGUCGAUAAUGAUAAUUAUUGCAAUAUAUGUCCGAUUUUUAUUAGAGGUUCAUUUGUGAUUGUGAGUGAAAGUCAAAGAAACCAGUUUGUUGUGGUUUUAAACUUCUUAAGAGGCAGGAAACGUCUAACAGUUGUGUGAGGUACAACACUGAGAGGGGGCCCAUGAUAGAAUCACUGUUCCUGUUUGUUUACAGCAAAGUCACUGUGGUCGGAAAUCUCCUGAAAUCUUGCCUUGGUUUGCCUACAUAAACGUGUAUUCACCAACCCGCCAAUUUAUUAGGUACACAACGCCUAAUAAAUGUAGGUGAAAUCAUUUUCUCCUCGUCGUCAUGACCACUCAAAGCUGCUUCACUCUAUAGUUUCAUUUACCCAUGAUGUGAAGCACGUUAUCACACAUCUUUCAUACCCAUUCACACGCUUCCAUCAGGAGCAAUUUGAGCCGGGAAUCAGGUUGAAAUAAUACUAUCGCUGAGCUACCAUGGCUCCCUGUCUCAAGAGCGCCACCCCGUGUUGUCUUCUGCUGCUGCAGGUUCAAUUGAUUCAAGGGUUUUCAUGUUCAGAGAUGAAAUUCUUACGUUGGUUGUAACCGGUGUUAGCUGUUGUCUUUCUGUGACCUAGAACUAGAAGAGUCUGGUCAUUCUCCUCUGACUGCUGCUCAGAGGUCAUUUCCUCCUCCGUAUCCUCCUCUCAAGAGAUGAUCAGUAGUUUCUGAAAUACAGACCACCAUGUCCUCAUCACCGUGUCUUCAUGUCUAAAUGCUUCCAUUUGAUUGGCUGAUUUAGAUAUUUGUGUCAACAAGCGGUUGAACCCGUGUACCUAAUAAAGUGGCCGACAUGUGAGUAUUGAAUUUCUGUUAUUUUGCUAUUAAAGAAACGUAUAUAUUGCGUUAAUUAUUUAAAUUGUUGAAUCACCCAGCCGUAACCUGGGAUAAAUGGGAUAAAUGGUUACGUGAGUGGACAGAGGAGACAUCCUCACGUGGUCUCACGUCCAUCUCUUAUCUCCCGUCUUCUCUCUAUCUCUCUGUUCCACUGAGGUUCUGCAGUUCAGGAUUUGCUUAUAUUAAUCCCACCGUUGUUUUUGCCAAAGAUGUUGGACACUGAUUUAAUUUGAUCUGCAGACAUUUAUCACUGCCGUCUCCUGUCCAAACCUGUCCCCGUGGAGCGUUGGCGUGUUUGUCCAUCUCCUUUCCCGCUUGCAUCAAAUGUGCACAUGUGGCGAAGCCUCUAAAUUCAGCUCCUGGUUUCCUCUAAGUGCUGACAGUAAUUACACAUGAAAAAAAACGAAAUAACACAUGACUUAUGUGAGUGUUUUGACACCAGCUGGCCUGUCUUUCAUAUUCUGACAUUUGUUUACAGCCAGAGACACGGUCUCAACAACAGUGAGUGUCUCUUGCACGUUUUUUGUUGUCACAGAGAUGUCAUUUAAACCCGGUGACCCCAUUUUCCUUAGUAAUAAUUGCAUCUAAUGUAUUUUUCUUUUAUAGAACAACCAAUUAAAUAAACUGUGUAUUGAUUUUAA